CUCAAUUAAUUUUUUUAAAGAAUAUGUAUUUAAAAAUGAAAGUAAGCUACUCUACUAAUUAAAGAUAUCCUUAGGAUUUUUAAAAUAAAAUAAAAUUAUUUUCUUUUAUUAUUUGGAUGUUAGCUUUAAGUCAAAAUUUUAUAGAUGCCUAAGCAAGUUCCUCUUGCGAUACAUCAACUUGCUAACAGUGCUAAACAUCAAACGGAUAAGUAAGUUGUAGUACUUGUAUUAACUCUUCCUAUAAAAUAUUAUAAAAUGGGUGUGUUGCAACCUGCCCUUCAUAUACAUAAGAAGUUAAUGGAAUAUGCAAUUAAAUUUGCUACGAAUCUUGUUCUUCAUGUAGUGGUAGUGAAUAUUUUAAAUGUCUGACUUGUAGAGAUAAUAGAGAUUUAGAAUUAUCAUUUUUUUUUCAAUAUGGAGAAUGUAAUUGCAAUUACUCUUUCACAGACGAUCUUUCUCCAACUUGCCAAGAUUCGAGCACUUCUUCCAUUUUCAACACAAUAGUAUUUAGUUUGGCUUUGGUUAGUUUAAUAGCUAUAAUUUUACUUAGUUUGAUAUAAUGGAGUGGAUUUAUUUUGUAUUACUAUAUUGACUCUUUAUAAUGCGCGGCUCUUCUAUAUUAUAUAAAUUAUUAAAAUAGCUAUCAACUAGAUGAUCUUAUUAGAUACAUUGAUAAAUCAAACAUUUCAAGUACUCUAAAACCAGAUUGGUAUCGAGGAGAAUCCAAUUAUAACACAAGCUAUUUAAAUUGGAAAGUAGCUAAACAUAUAAACAGCUCUAAUUUUGCUGUAGAACAAAUAAUUGUUUUUAUUUUUACCCUCCUUCUUUGGAUAAUAGCCUUUUUUAGUAUUAAAUAUUACUAAACGAGGGAGAUUAAUAAAAAAAAGGGAAUUAAUUCAGAAAAUAACUCUCUUAAGAGGAGGUCUGAUAAACUAAGUCAAAGAUUAAAUAAUUAAAAUAGUAGAGGAUUGAUAAAUUCAGCAAAUAGUAGCUUGAAUAUAAGUCUUCAAUAAAAAUCUCUUAGCCAAAUUCAAGAAGAAUAAGUUGAAGAUGACUUAACGAAGAAUAUUAAAAAAAGGGAUUAAGCCUUAAGUUAGAGAGACAUAAAUGAUAUUUCUUCUCGAAAUUCAAAGAAUAACUUGUUUAAAAAAUAAAAUGGUAGUGCCUUUGAGAAGAAUAAUUAAUCCUAGCUAAAUAGUAACAGGAUAAGCUAAAAUAGUAGUAAUAUGAAAUAUUUAGUUCCUCCUCAGAGAAAACAAACAUUUAAUUAAUCUAAAUCAAGUUUGAAUUCAAUUGUUAUUUAUGAUAGCAACGAACCCAGUAAUUUCAGAUUUUCAAAAGGGAUGCAAAAUAGAGAAACAAGUGAAGGAAAUAAAGGUAGCUAACACAAUUCUUAAAUAAAUAUAAAUAAUAAUAACAAUUAAUAAAAUAAAUAUAACAAAAAUAUUAAUGCUUUAUAAGAGCCAUAGAGCUAAUAUUACAAAAAUACUUAAAUUUCUUAAAUAUCAUAGAAAAAAUAAAUCAAAGUGUAAAAUAAUAAUGCAAACAUAUUGCAAGAGCACAUCUCAAAUAAAAAUCCAUUCUCAAUAUCUAUCAUUAUAUUCUUCUUUAUGAUAACUAUUUAAGAAACAUUAAUUGUCAUAAUUGGUCAAUUUAAUUACUCUUUUACUUUUUAAAAUCCAGGAACUACAGCUAGCACAGGAUUUUGUUUGUUAAUGAUAGUAUACAUAAUAGCUAUUCUCUUUUUCCUCUUUAAGAAACUUUUUAAAAAUAAAAUUAAAUAAAAUUAAGAAUUACAGUCAGAUUAUAAUGUAUUAUUUUACCUUAUAGAUAACUACAACCAAGAAAAGUUUUAUUAAAGAUGCUAUUUUGCUAUUUCCUUUUGCAGAAAACUAAUUUCUUCAAUAGCAUGUUCUGUCUUACAUAAAAGUCCUUUAGCUCAAACUAUAAUCCUUCUGUGUAAUCAAGCUGUAUAUAUAAUAUACAUAAUGGCAUGCAAACCUAUAAAAAACAAUCAAGAAAAAUAUCUUAUUUUCCUUGCUCACUCGGAAGUGCUACUGUGUUUCUUAUUCUAAACAAUAAUUAUUUCUAAAGAUUCUUCCUCUUACUUAGAAAAGUAGUCUAUCAAUAAAUAUACAGAAGGACUUAUAUUUAUUUUAAUUAUAUUACUUAUUACCUUUAUCCUUUACUCAUUAUAUAUUCUUAUCUAGUGGAUAAUUUAGAAAUGUAAAAAAUGUACAUAAUCUUAAAAAAAGAAAAAAGACAUAAAUAAAAAAGAAAAACAAUAAGUCUACCCUGAGAAGGUUCUUGUUCCUGUAGAAGUACCAGUUGAAUAGCCUAUAGAAGAAAAAGCAAAAUUUGAUCAAAAUGAUGAUGAGCUCAAAAGAAAGGUAGAAGAUCUUUAAAAAGAAUUAUAAGAUGUAAAAGCAAGAUAAGAUUCAAUAGAUAAGCUGUAAAUAUUAGAAGUUAAAGAAGAAGUUGAAAAUUCUUAAUAUGAUGGUAAGCUUAUAUUGUUUGAAGAUCCACAUUAACACUCUCGUUACAUUUAAGAUGAGUCAUUUAGAGAAGAUUUAGAUGAAAAAAGAAAACUCCUUAAAUCGUAAUCUAUUUAAGUGAAUUCAAAAAUGUUUGAAUCAGGUUAAUAAUCAACUGUUUUACCACCUUCAUCGGAAAAGAAAAAGAGAUAUGUUUAAUCACGAUAAACUUAAGUUGAUAUGGAAAAAGAAUUUCAAGAUAGUACUUUUUAUAAUUCAUAAAACAGCGAUUAUUAAAAAUAGAGUAUAGUUUAUGAGUCAGUGAUUUAAGAAAAAACUGAAGAAGAUAGUGAAAUUAAAAAAAAUAAAAUUUAUCAUACAUAAGAAUUAUAAGUGGAUUCUACGUGCUUUGAGAAACCUAAAAUAGUCGUAGAAGCUUAGGUAUAAACAUAACAUAUUCCUACUCCUAAAAACUACAAAGAUCAAGCAGUAGGCGGUUCCCAAGUUUUUGGAGCUGAAGAAGAUGAAAGCGAAUAAAUAAUUUAGUUUUCAAAGUAACCUAGAUAAUAAGACUUCAGUAGUCAAACAUAACCAAUUGAAAUUGAAUCUCCAAAAAAUAAAAUCGUAGAUGAAAAGCCAUAAUAAUCAGUAUUAGAUAAAAUAAUUAAAGAAAUAUAAGAGUAGGAAAUUCCAAAGCUUAACUAAAACUAAAUGAAAACCAAUGAUGCAGGAUCAUAGUAUACAGCUAUAGAAGAUGAGCCAUCAGAAAGAUAAACCUAUCCACUAACCUAAGCCAGUGUUUAGCACACUACAACUAUUCAAGAUAAACCUAUCUUUGAAAAUAAUAAUGAGUCUAAAAAUAUUGAAAAAACUCCUAUAUUUACUAAUUUUAUUAAAAAUCAAACACCUUAAAGAUAAUCAAAUUAUACUCAUAAUAAAGUAAGCUAAAAGAAAGCGAGUAAUGGACUUAAGUGGGGAGAAACAAAUAAAUUUGAUAAAUAUUGUAAUGGAAAGGAAAUGCAUUCAAAAAUAUAAAAUUAAAGAUCUAAAAUAAAUAGUUUUAACAACACUAUAUAAAGUAAUGAGUAACUAAGCAUAAAUCCCAAUAUAUAUUUAGGUCCAACUACACCUUAGCACAGUAAAAACUAUUAAAAUAACUUUAAAGAAAUAGAAUUACCUAAUUCAGCAAGAUCAGAUUAUAAAAAUAAUGAUGAUUCACAUAGAUAUGGGAAUAUUUUUAGUAGAGGUGCUUAAAAUAGCUUGUAAACCAUUUAAAUAGACUAACCAAGUUCUUUAAGGAGAUACGAUAAUAGAAGUUUAAAUAGAACCCCCUCUUAAAAUUAAGAAUAAUAUUUUUAAAAGCCUGAUCCAUUAAAAAGCAAUAUAAACAACUAUCUAUCAAAUCAGUCUCCGUCUUAAAGUAGAAGUACUGAGAGAAGUCGUUCCAAUAUUCUAAAUCUUUAGCCUAUGCCAAAAGCUUUUGAUUUGAAUUCAAAAAUAAUAAUAUGAAAAAAAUUUUCCAAUAAUUUAAUAUAACUUGUAUAAUAUUUUUCUGUUAAAAUAAACUUUUAAAUAUAUAAAUAUAACU